UCAUUCGCUUUUUGCAAGCAGCGGAGACGUGACGCGAUUGUGGACAAGUUUUUUUUAUUUAUAAUGACAGGAUAAUUAAGUUUAUCUUUUUUUAUUAUAAGCUAAAGCCGAGCACAAAGCGACAUUUGAUUUUGAGCUGUUGAAGUGACCGCAAGCAGUUUUUUUACUCUACCAUGGCGGAUGAUCAGGAACGCGGACGCAGGCGUCCAUAUAGCAGGAAUUCCGAUGAUUCUGAUGAAGGACGAAAGCGAGCUGAAGAGCCGAGUGCAAAGUUUUAUAAAUGCCAUUCGGAUGGCUCCGAUCCUAGUCGUAUUCCACCCAAAGCUUCUUCGGAUGCACAACCAUCAUCAUCAUCAUCAUCUCGCGGUCGGUCUUUCGUUCCAAAUGAACCACGUGCCGAGUAUCCAUCUACAUCUCAUAUGAGUCGUGGUCCCCCUCCACCGCCUGGGACUUCAGGAUCGGGUCAAAUGGAUGCACCAGCAGCUGGCGUUCGCCCUACUGGAACUGGAUCAGAAUCAGGGGGUCCACAGGGUAAUCGCCGUCAAACGGAUCGCUAUGAUAUUGUACGAACACGUCCGGACGAUGUCGUUACAAAACAGGGCAAAGAUGGAAGGCCCAUUAUGUUAAAGGCAAACUUUUUUGGAUUGAAAACUAUGCCACAGUGGCGUAUUGUUCACUAUCAUGUUGAUAUUUCACCAGAUAUUGAAAGCAUUCGAUUGCGUCUCGGAAUUUUGUCUGAGCAUGCUAAACUUUUGAGUGCGGGAUACUUGUACGAUGGCAAGCAGCUCUUUAUGACCAAAGUACUUGAAAGCGAAGUCACUGUACUAAAGGGUCAAUUAAAAACAGGAGGAGAUUACAUAAUUACAAUUAAAUUUGUGGGUUUCAUUUCGACUGUGGAGCCACGAUUUUUGCAAGUGCUCAAUUUGAUUUUACGUCGUUCGAUGAAAGGUCUAAAGCUUGAAUUGGUUGGCCGAAAUCUUUUCGAUCCGAUGGCAAAGAUUCCCAUACAUCAACAUCAUAUGGAACUGUGGCCAGGUUAUGAGACGUCGAUACGCCAGCAUGAAAAGGAUAUUCUUCUUUGUGCCGAAAUUACUCACAAAGUUAUGAGAACUGAAACAGUUUAUGAUAUUUUAAGACGCAGCUCUCAAAAUCCCUCCCGUCAUCAGGAGGAAUUUCGUAGUAAUGUUUUGGGACUUGUUGUCCUUACCGACUAUAAUAACAAAACGUACCGCGUCAAUGAUGUGGACUUUUCUCAAACACCCAACUCAACAUUCAGUUGCAAAGGCAAAGAUGUUAGUUUUGUGGAAUACUAUCAAAUGAAAUAUAAUAUUCGCAUACGCGACCAUGGUCAACCCUUGUUGAUAUCAAAGAACAAGGACAAGGCACAGAAAACUAAUGCCAGCGAUAUUGUGGUUCUCAUUCCGGAACUAUGCCGCGUUACCGGACUCACUGAGAAUAUGCGUUCGAAUUUUCAACUUAUGCGUGCCAUGUCGGACUAUACGCGUAUGAAACCUAAUCGACGCAUUGAACGAUUAACCGUGUUCAAUCAUCGUUUGCAAGCAACACAUGAAAGUGUUAAGGUCUUAACCGAUUGGAACAUGCGACUGGAAGAAAAGCUUGUUGAGGUAAAGGGGCGCAUUAUUGAUCCUCAGAAAAUAGUUUUCAACCAAAAAAGGAAAUGUCUUCCUGAUGACAAUGCCGAUUGGACAAAGCAUUUUCGUGACCAUCAAAUGCUGACUACUCCGAGUGAUGGACUUAGUCGAUGGGUAGCAAUUGUGCCUAGACGCAAUGGCAGAGAUUUAAAUACAUUGCUGUCAAAUCUUGUUAGAGCAGCAAGUGGCAUGGGUCUGCGUAUUAGAGAUCCCACAGUACUUGAGAUUUAUGAUGAUCGCACAGCGAGCUAUGUAAAAGAAAUGAAUAGCUGCACAAAUUUGGACCCAAAGUUGAUACUAUGUCUUGUGCCAAAUAAUAAUGUCGAAAGAUACUCGUCUAUCAAGAAAAUUGGUUGCAUUGACAAGGGAAUUCCCACCCAGGUGGUGACAUCUAAAACUGUAAGUAAUCGCAGUCUAAUGAGUAUUGCUACCAAGAUAGCAGUACAAUUGAAUUGCAAAAUGGGAUAUACACCAUGGAUGAUUGAGCUGCCGCUGUCUGGUUUGAUGACCCUUGGCUUUGAUAUUGCUAAAAGCUCUCGAGAUCGAUCCAAAGCAUUUGGAGCACUGGUGGCAUCAAUGGAUUUGCAAGAGAAUUCCACAUAUUUCAGCACUGUGGCUGAAUGCAGUGCCUACGAUGUGUUGGCAAAUCAUCUUUGGCCAAUGAUGGCAAAAGCAUUACGUCAAUACCAAAGGGAGCACAAAAUCCUUCCGAAACGUAUAUUAUUUUACCGUGAUGGCGUAAGUGCUGGUUCAUUGCAGCAAUUAUUCGAAUAUGAAGUGAAAGAUAUUGUGGAAAAACUAGAUAAUGAGUAUAAACGUGCCAAUUUGCCACCACCUAUGAUGGCUUAUAUAACGGUCAGUCGAUCAUCGAAAACACGUUUCUUUAAUCGUGAAUCUAAUCCACCGCCUGGAACUGUGGUAGAUGACGUUGUCACAUUGCCGGAACGUUAUGACUUUUACUUGGUAUCACAGACGGUACGCCAAGGCACUGUAUCACCUACCAGCUAUAAUGUUUUGUAUAGCAAUAUUAAUCUGACGCCAGAUCAAUUGCAGAAAUUAACAUAUAAAAUGUGCCAUUUGUAUUACAAUUGGUCUGGCACAACCAGAGUGCCAGCUGUCUGUCAGUAUGCCAAGAAAUUGGCCACUCUGGUUGGCACAAACUUGCAUACAAUUCCUCAGAGUGCGCUGGAGAAGAAAUUUUAUUAUCUUUAAAAGCUCUAUAACUCUGCGAAUGUGUUUCUUUUUUCACUAAAAAUUAAUGAAAAUAUUACACUAAGUUGUGUUAACAAUGCGAAAAUUGCAUUUUUCGUCAGUGCAUCAGUUUUGUUGCUAUUUAUAAUUUAUAUAUUCAUCAUAACAAUAGAAAUAAAUUGUUAUACAAAAUGAAUGUUAUUUGUUUAAGUUUAAGAUUUACUUUUCUUAAGUACUUCUACAUUUCAUAUAUAUUUUCCCUAUGAAAAAUUAAGGAGUGAUGAAAAUGCCAUCACUUUUUUUUCGCUUAAUGCAUAAGAUUUCAUUUUUAGUUUAAUAAAAUUAGCUUGGAGAUCCAAGUACUCAUUAACAAUAGAA